UUCUCGUCUCUGUCGACGUGUCGGUAGCAAGAUGGCUCCUCCGGCUCCUGGUCCCGGGCCGGCCCCUGGCGGCCCCGGAGAGGUGGACGAGCUGUUCGACGUGAAGAACGCCUUCUACAUCGGCAGCUACCAGCAGUGCAUCAACGAGGCGCAGCGCGUCAAGCUUUCCAGCCCAGAAAAAGAAGUUGAAAGAGAUGUCUUCUUGUACAGAGCUUAUCUCGCACAGAGAAAGUAUGGCGUGGUACUGGAUGAGAUCAAAGCCAACUCCUCCCCAGAGCUCCAGGCCGUACGGAUGUUUGCAGACUAUCUUUCCAGUGAAAGCCAGAGAGAUGCAAUCGUUGCAGACCUAGAUCGAAAGAUGGCAAAGAACGUUGAUGUGGCCAAUACGACCUUCUUGUUGAUGGCUGCUUCCAUCUAUUUCCAUGACAAGAACCCUGAUGCUGCUCUGCGUACAUUGCACCAGGGGGAGAGCUUGGAGUGCAUGGCCAUGAUUGUGCAGAUACUCCUGAAACUGGACAGAUUGGACCUAGCCCGCAAGGAGCUAAAAAGGAUGCAGGAGCAAGAUGAGGAUGCCACUCUGACGCAGCUGGCCACUGCCUGGGUCAAUCUGGCCAUGGGUGGUGAGAAGCUGCAGGAUGCCUACUACAUCUUUCAGGAGAUGGCUGAUAAGUGCUCCUCCACCCUGCUCCUACUUAAUGGCCAAGCAGCCUGCUAUAUGGCCCAGGGCAAAUGGGAGGAUGCAGAGGGAGUUCUCCAAGAGGCACUUGACAAGGACAGCAGCCACCCAGAGACCCUCAUCAACUUCAUUGUUUUGUCCCAGCACCUGGGGAAGGCCCCUGAGGUCACUAAUAGAUACUUGUCACAACUGAAAGACGCCCACCGGUCCCACCCAUUCAUCAAAGAAUACCAGAGCAAGGAAAAUGAUUUUGACCGGCUGGCUCUUCAGUACACUCCGAGUGCAUGAGAAGGGCCACAGGGAUUUGUGGAGGGCCCCUUCCCCAGAAAGGAAGAAUACUCCCUCGGCUGGCUACUCUUCCCAAAGCAAAGCACUCAGCUUUCCAUGCAAGACCAUUACUUUCGGAGCCAAAGGCUUGUCCUUCCUUGCAGGUUCUCUCCAGCUUCCCUCAGCUCCUUCUGAGGACUCUGGACCAGGCUCCUGGCCACAGCACCUUUUCCAAUAAAGGCUCUUCAGUAAAGAA